AUUUUCAAAUAACAUCAAAAGAGAUAAACCCUUUGUCUUGUAACAGCUGAGAUUUGGUAAAACUAUUUCGCGUUCAGAGGGGAUGGCGGGGCCUCUGCUUCGAUCUCUUUGGUCAAACACCACUCGAAGAAGAUCCUUCUCUUCUCAGUCAUCACCUCUCUCUCCCUUGCGAGCCUUCUCUGCUGCCACCGGAGCUCCUCCUAACAGCUCCCUCGAUCCUAAUAGACUCCGGAACGUGGCUGUGAUUGCUCAUGUCGAUCACGGGAAGACCACCCUCAUGGACCGGCUUCUCCGUCAGUGUGGAGCCGACAUCCCACACGAGCGCGCCAUGGAUUCAAUCAACCUCGAGCGUGAGCGUGGCAUCACUAUUUCCUCAAAGGUGACAUCCGUGUUUUGGAAAGAAAACGAGCUUAACAUGGUAGACACACCUGGUCACGCAGAUUUUGGUGGGGAGGUGGAACGAGUCGUUGGUAUGGUUGAAGGAGCUAUAUUAGUUGUUGAUGCUGGAGAAGGCCCUCUUGCACAGACAAAGUUUGUUCUUGCUAAGGCCUUGAAGUAUGGUCUACGCCCUAUUCUUCUCUUAAACAAAGUUGAUCGACCUUCAGUAUCAGAAGAGAGGUGUGAUGAAGUGGAGAGUUUGGUGUUUGAUCUUUUUGCAAAUCUUGGUGCUACUGAGGAACAACUAGACUUCCCUGUGCUUUAUGCCUCGGCAAAAGAAGGGUGGGCAUCUUCUACCUUCACCAAAGAGCCUCCUGCAGAUGCGAGGAAAAUGUCACAGUUGCUUGAUGCUGUAGUUAAACAUGUUCCCCCACCAAAAGCAGACCUUGAUGCGCCUUUUCUGAUGCUGGUUUCAAUGAUGGAAAAGGACUACUAUCUAGGACGAAUAUUAACUGGAAGAGUAUCUUCUGGAGUUGUCCGUGUUGGAGACAAAGUCAUUGGACUACGCAAUACUGAUUCAGCCUCUGAGAAAAUAGAAGAAGCAAAGGUUGUGAAGCUAAUGAAAAAGAAAGGCACGACCAUUGUUUCAAUUGAUGCUGCUGGGGCUGGUGAUAUAAUCUGUAUGGCUGGUUUGACAACUCCAUCAAUAGGUCACACUGUGGCUAGUGCAGAGGUCACAACGGCGCUCCCUUCAGUUGAGCUGGAUCCACCAACAAUAUCUAUGACGUUUGGUGUCAAUGACUCUCCUCUGGCUGGUCGUGAUGGCACACAAUUAACCGGAGGGAAAAUUGGGGACCGGCUAAUGGCAGAAGCUGAAACAAAUCUUGCCAUAAACGUUAUUCCAGGCUUGUCAGAGUCAUUUGAAGUCCAAGGAAGAGGAGAACUUCAACUUGGUAUCUUGAUUGAGAAUAUGAGACGGGAAGGUUUUGAGCUCUCCGUCUCACCACCUAAAGUCAUGUACAAAACUGAAGAUAAACAAAGGCUUGAGCCAAUUGAAGAGGUGACUAUUGAGAUUAAUGAGGAGCACGUAGGAUUAGUGAUAGAAUCUCUCUCCCAUAGGCGCGCUGAAGUUAUUGACAUGUGUCCUGUCCCUGGAAAUGAUGGUAGGACCAGACUGUCAUUAACUUGUCCUUCAAGAGGUUUGGUUGGAUACAGAUGUGUGUUUAGCAGCGACACCCGUGGAACAGGAUUCAUGCACCGUGCUUUCCUGAAGUAUGAAAAGUACCGAGGUCCACUUGGUAAUGUUAGGAAAGGAGUUUUGGUUUCGAUGGGAUAUGGAACUAUUACAGCUCAUUCACUGAUGGGUUUGGAAGCUCGUGGGACUCUCUUUGUGUCUCCGGGGCUGGACUCAUACGAUGGCAUGAUUAUCGGUGAGCACUCACGAGACACAGAUCUUGAUGUUAACCCGGUUAAGGCCAAAGAGCUUACCAACAUUCGCUCUGUUAACAAAGACGAGAAUGUGAAGCUAUCUCCACCUCGCCUCAUGACACUUGAGGAAGCUAUAGGAUACGUUGCCUCAGAUGAACUUAUUGAGGUUACUCCAAAGACGAUUAGGUUGAGGAAGAGAUGUCUAGACGUUACCAAGCGUAAAUCACAGAGCAAACGAGCCAAAGAGUAACCUUCCACCGGUGCAGUUUUUAGUAAAAGUUGGUUUGGUUCUGGCUCUCUUUCUUGUCACAUUCUUACACAAAGACAAUUAUUGAAUAUAUAUACGAGGAAUAUUCAGAUUA